CUUUGGGAAUUUCUAACCCCUGGUUCGUCUGGUGUGUCCAAUAUGAUUGUUUUGGUGACGUUAUUGUGUAUCUUUAGUUUACAUACUUCACAAUGUGUAUCCUUCAGACACACCACCACAUCGUGUUUGGAGACUUAUAAACUGGACAGAACAAACAUGGAUAAAAUAACAUGCACGGGUGAACAUGUCGUUAAUCACUGCAUUCCUGAUGAUCAACAUAAGGAAAUGGAAGUUUGUGUACAGUGGAAAUGGAUUACCCCAGGUUACUGUCCAUAUUACGAUAAGUUCUCGGAUGUUAUAAAAGAAAUGCGCUGUUCCUUCUACUGCCUGUGGAACGAGGAUUUGCAUGACGUUUGCACCUGUCCAUCAAGACUGAAUGAUGAUUCCUGCGAUAAGAAAUGUAAAAAUGAUUUUGGAUCUGACAAAUACAUCCUUUGUGAGCCUGACAAAGUUUCUACUACAAUAAGCCCAGCAACGCAUAUCAUUUCUGGGGAACAUGGGUCAAGGGAAUCGUUAGAUUCGAAAAUUAAUGUCAGCCUAACAUUCAAUAUUACUUCCGGGAGAAAUGGUACAGAGAAUUCACCAGAAUCAGAGUUUAAUGGCAGUGCUAUGGGAAUUACUCUUGGUGUAAUCUUGCCGCUUAUCCUGCUGGUUGUUGUUCCAGGAAUUAUUCUGUUCAAUAAAAGACGUCAGACACAAGAGACAAAUCAGAGAGAGACUGCAGUGGAGAGGGGUGAAGGUGACGCCUUAAUGAACACUGAAACAAAAUGUCUGGCGGAAAACGAACAGAACCAACAACUAAUAAAAAAAGAUGAAGGAACAUCCACAGAAGAUAAGGAAUCGUCACCUCUCCUGGCAGAGAAUAAAAACGCAAACCAAAGUGAAGAGAAUUCCAUGAAGAAUGAAAGGAUCAGUGUAUCUCAAAACUAUGAUUCACCUCAGAAGAAUGAGUCAUUGAAAACGCCACCUACUACUCCAGCAGUUCAGACAGAACCUGACACUUACAAAGGGAGGACAGAAAACAAGAAUGACAAGAAAAACGAGAAGAAAGAAAGGGAAGGAUCCCCUGAAGGACGCAACUCUUCAGAAGAUGUGUCACCUGGUGCUGGUGAAGAGAAAAAGACAGAGGAAGGAUCCAUUGAAGGACAUCCCUCUGUAGUUGAGGUGUUGCCUGAUGACAGCGUGAAAGUUGAUUUACAUUCGUCUGGUGACAAUGGGAAACAAAAAACGGAGGUUACUGAGGGGGAUCAAAGUGAGCAAACAGGUAUCGAAGAUCAAGAUGUAGAACUCCAUGCUCCAUCAGUUAAUGAUAAAUCAUCGAACCAAACUUUCAAAACCGACUCAAAUGAUGAGAAUAAUAAAAUAGAGAGUACCUGUAUAAUGCAUGAUGAUGGUAGUUCUGAAGAACAAAAUUCAGAGCAGAAGGAUGUCUCAGUAGAUGCUACCCAGAAUAGUGAUAAUCAGAAUGAUGAGGGAAGUGGAACUUCUGAUAAUACAGCAAUGAAGCAUGUGAAUGAACAAGAAAAUGAACAUCAAAGUAAUUUAAACGCCAAUGCAGAAAAUGCAUCCGAUGAGAUUAAAGAUGCUGUAGGAAUAUUUGUCGACUCCUUGGAAUCUAUAACUAAGGAAGAUGAUGAAGAAGGUGGCUGGAGUGAGAUGCAGGAACUUUUGGAAUAUAUAUGUACAGGACCAGCGCGGAAGAUACUGUUUAAUGUUGUGAAGAUGUAUGUGGAUAACCCAGACAGUUAUUUACAAGAUGAAUCAGAAAUUGCUUCAGUAAAAACAGUAUUACCAAAGGAGUACCAUUCAGCCCUUGACCCCAAAUCUGAAGACAGACAUUCUAUUCCUGUAUGUUACUCCAUUCUAAAAGUGUCACUUAGUGCGGAACAUCAACCAAAGUCUGGUUGGGAUCAAAAAGUCAAGGACACAGACACUGGGAUAGGAGAUGAUAUAGAGAGAGUGAUUCGAGCUUACACACUUAGCAGGGAAAUUCAUACUCCAGAGGAAAUAUCUGUGAAUGGAUAUGUAAGGUUAUUUGAAAUGAUUAUGGGAGCGGUAGAGAGAUUAGAUAGAAAGGGGAAAUGUAGCGAGUAUUACAGGGAGAUAGUGAGGAGAUGGGGAAAUAUCCAGAGGAAGUGGUGGGUGAUGGGCAAAUGGACAACAUUCACAAACUUUAUCAAGAAAUGGUCGUACUAAAUACAAGGUGGUGUUUAUAUAUUAAUACAUCCUAUCUGACGGUGAACCUUGAAUGAUCAGUUCUACGCUCCACCAAGUUACCUGUUUGGACCCUGACGAUAGAAGAUGGUAUUGAUACCGAUGCUUCUUGCCAUAAAUUGUGCAGAUAUUUUAGGAACAUUGCUAUAAAAUUAGGAUGUAAUGUUGUAAUUGAGGCAAUUGUACAAUAAUAUAUGAAUGGAGAAAUCUUUAUCAAAGUAAAACUUA